AUGGUUAUUGGGACCGGAUAUCCAAGCCCUCGAAGAAGUGAAGGCCCAGAAACUACAACAGUAAUUCUUCCAUCCAUGCAAUCGAAAAUGGCACAGGAGGUGUCACUAGUCGCGGUUGACGGUUCUCGACCGAGGCUGGCUGUGAGGCGAACAAGAGAACUGCCCAAAAAUUCAUCUGGUCAAAUUUAUUGUGAUCAUCCCGAUUGUCAGAAUCAUAUCCCAUAUUUUAAGCGUCCAUGCGAGUGGAAUAAACACAUGGACAAACACGACCGUCCAUACAAGUGCACCAACCCUGAUUGCGAGAAGAUGCUAGGCUUCACCUACUCAGGGGGUUUACUCCGCCAUCAACGGGAGGUGCACAAAAUGGACAGCAAGGGGAAGAAGUUGAUGUGUCCCUUCCCUGACUGUAACCGCAGUUCAGGGAAAGGAUUUACCAGACAAGAAAACCUCAAGGAACAUCUCCGUCGACUUCAUAGAAGGGGGCAUGGACGGUCUCUAGACGACCCUACUUCUCCGGAAGUUAACGAACACGAAAAUAGCACCUUGGAGUCAUUACUGCCCCCUCCUAAAAGGAAACGAGACAGUAGUGAGUCCAGUUCCUCCUCAGAUGAAGAGCUUUCGAACUCACUCGAUCUCCGCGAUGAGGUCACUCGGCUGCGGCGGGAACUUCGCCGGAAGAACUUGAUGGUUAUUGAGCUGGAAAGGGAGCUGAAGCAACUACAACAAAUCCGGAAGGUUUGA